AUGGCUGAUCCUAAUUUAGUAACAACUUGCAAUUUUCAUGGACAAGAGUUUCUGUUUAAAAUGAACAUAAUCGGCAAUAAUUUAGAAAUAUUGAUUACGGAUAAAAGUUCUGGAGAAGAAUGGCAAUGUAGUUAUGAUGCCACAUAUAUAGAAAAUUUGACACACAAAACCGGAAAUUUUAAGCAAUUUGAUAUUUUUAUAGCUAUGAUCAAAUCAGGACUGUUAAGGACUAGCGAAAGUGUUACAUUAGAUUUAUUAACUUUUGAAGAUUUAGAAUUACUAAGAUCAAGAAAAAUAACCAAAGCUGUAGGACCAAGUAACAAUAAUAGAAGAUAUCUUAUAGUAACUUACGUAGUAGAAUUUGAUAAAAUUCGUUACCCUUUACCUCUCGAAUAUUGUGGUCCACCAGAUCCUGUAAUAUUACAAGCUACCAUAAGAAGACUAGAGCUAGAAUUAGCCAGAGCUAGAGAAGAAUUGGCGAUUAAAUCUAAUAAUAACGAUUCGAAGAAAAUAUUUUUUCUACAGAAACGGAUUGAUGAGCUUACAGAAGAAAAUGUGGAAUUGCAAGAGGAAGUCAGACGUUUGACGAAACAAUUUGGAAAGAAGCCUAGAAAUCAAGUUUUAUCCUUACAAAAAGCAGUUAGUACUUUAGAAAAAUGUGUGGUUAAUGAGAGGAAUUCACACCAUGAGUUAGUAGAGAAAUUAAGAAAUGAUAAAAUACAAUUGGCGAAAGAGUUGGCAAAAGUUAAAUGCUCGGAAAAAAAUUUGAAGGCAAAAUUAAAUAAAGUCGGUGAGUCAUCCAGGUUGGGAUUAGGUGACCAUUUGACAAUCCCUGCAAUAAAUAAAGCAUCCCAUUCAAGCCUAAAAACAAUGUAUAAAAGAUGUCAAUCGCCAGGUGCCGAAUACGAUAGAGCACGCUCAAGGCAAACAGAGUCUCUCAAGCCUAAUAAUCAUUGGGCUCAACCAAGGAAGACGAAAAGCUCUGUAAAAUGUGUCCGCAGUAGAGGUAGUUCAAGUUCCAGUACAAAAUAUGCAGACCCCGAAUGUAUAGAAUCAAACGAAAAUGUUACUUCGUUCAAUAGAAAUCACAGUCUAUCACCCCAUCGAACUAAAUCACUUUUCAAGUCUAGAGGAAGCAGUCCAGAAUCUAGAACAAGCUCCCGCGGUAGCUCUAGAAGCUGUAGAGCUGAUAAGCAGCAUUUGAAUUAUAAGAAAUUGGAAGAAAAAAUAGCAAAUUUACAUAAAUUGCUAAAAAGCAAUGGUAUCUGUGAUAAAGAAAUUUAA